AUGUCAAUAACCGACGUCCUCAUCGUCGGCGCCGGACCAACCGGUCUCGCCCUCGCCAUCUGGCUCACCAAACUCGGCGUCGCGGUGCGCAUCAUUGACAAGGCCGCCACACUCGCCACCACGACGCGCGCGCUCGCCGUACAAGCACGCACUCUCGAGCUAUACUCGCAAAUCGGCGGUGGUGUCGGCGAGGCCGUUGCCGCGCGCUCGGCCCACCUCACCGGCCCGAACCUCUGGGCCGGCGGCGCGCAUCGCGCAAGACUCGACUUCGCAGACGUCGCCGUCGGCAUGACGGCCUUUCCCUUCAUCGCCAUAUUAUCGCAGAAUGAGCACGAGCAGCUGCUCAUUGACCGUCUUGCCGCGCUUGGUGUCGAGGUGGAGCGCGGGACCGGUCUGGAGAGCUUUGUCGAGGACGUCGAGGCGGCGUCCGUCAGGGCCGUGUUGCAAAAAGGCCACGACGACGGGGGAGAAAAGAGGGAGAUUUGCGAGGCGAGAUAUGUAGCUGGGUGCGAUGGCGCGCACUCGGCAGUUCGACGUAUUAUUGGCAUGGGCUUUCCGGGCGACACGUACGAGCAAGUGUUUUACGUGGCCGAUAUUGAAGCCACGGGGCCGGCCAUGAACGGGGAAUUACACCUCUGCCUCGACAGUCACGACUUUUUGGGCAUAAUCCCGCUCGCUGGGAAACAGUGCGCUCGGCUGAUUGGCAUUGUCACGCCGCCGAGCGAGUCAAGCCCUGCUGCUCCUGCUCCUGCUUCGACGACACCACCACCACCACCAUCACCACCAUCACCACCACCCCACGCCUCGACCUUUGAGCAUGUGCGCGGCCGCGCCGUCGACCAGAUGAAGCUCGAAAACAUACACGUCAACUGGUUCACCACGUACCGGGCACACCACCGCGUCGCCGACCACUUCCGCAGAGGUCGCGCAUUCUUGCUCGGCGACGCGGCGCACAUUCACAGCCCGGCCGGCGGGCAGGGCAUGAACACGGGCAUCGGCGACGCCGUCAACCUGGCGUGGAAAAUCGCCGCCGUGCUCGACAAUAACGCCCCCGACAGCCUCCUGGACACGUACGAAGAAGAGCGCAGCAGGUUUGCCAAGACGCUCGUCGACACCACCGACCGGGCCUUUACCUUUAUGACGAAGCGUGGCUGGCUGGCGGGCUUGAUUCGGUCCACGUUUGUGGCUUACGUGAUGCCGGUUCUCUUUUGCUUUCGCGCUAUUCGGCAUCGUGCAUUUUGUGGUCUGUCGCAGUUUGUGCUCGACUAUACCGGCACCGCGCUUGCGGGAGGCGGUGCGGCGGCCGGCGGCGGCGGUACUAUAAGAGCGGGCGAGCGCGUUCCCUGGGUCAAGAUUGGUGGGCAAGACAAUCACGAUUCGCUGCAACACAUUGAAUGGCAGCUUCACGUGUAUGGGACGGCGAGCGAGCAGCUGGUUGCGUGGUGCAAGGGUGAUAAUAAUGGCAUGAGACUGACGGUGUUUGAGUGGGUGGCCGAGUAUGGAUCGGCAGGGUUUAUAAAGGAUGCUGCAUAUCUGCUGAGACCCGAUACAUAUGUUGCGCUUAUCGACGCCGAGGCUGAUCCAAGAAAUAUCGAGCAGUACUUUUUAGAGCGACAGAUGUGUCUGUCGUUCAAGUAA